AUGAUUCGCGGUAGCCCCAGGAACGGCAGCAAAAUAGCCGCAGCAGCUGCGGUGGCUGCAGCAGUAGCAACAGCUGCUGCGGGACUACGCUGCAGCAGCAGCAGCGCCAGGAGCCACAAUAACCGUGGAGACAUUGCUUCAAGCGGCAACCGCAGCAGCAGCAGCAGCAGCAGCAGCGGCAAGGGCGAAGCAGCAGCUGCAGCAAAGCCUCCGCCGCCGCCUCAGCAGCAAUGGCGCAACAGCAGCUGCAGCGAGGCCGCCGCCGCAACAGCAGCAGCAAGGGGGCAGCAGCAGCUGCAGCAAAGCUGCCGCAGCAGCAGCAGCAGCUCGUUUUAG